CACUAGAGUUCAGUACCACUCAUUUCGUAGUAAAUCGCCAACGUCGUGCACUUUCGGGAACAAGCCGAGUUGAACGAGAAACGGGAUUGCUAAAUGUAGGCUUUUAGCCAACUACUUUAAGUAACUGCGUGAAAAGUUGUAGAGCUAUCGUGUAUUUAUAUUUUGAACGAAUAUAUAGAAUACAAUACACGAUUAGCCUACAUGUAACUACAGAGAAAUGUCAGUGGAAGUACUACAGCAAAACCUGAUGCCUCCGUAGAUCCUUCUCCUUGACAAACCUUUACUUCUCUGCUGACUGAGCGAGUGAAAGCUUAUCUCUGAGGGAGCCUAGCAAUGUGGACCUGUAUGGUUUACAAUGAGACAGACUCCGGGGGGGACAACCGGCUCUGCCAGGACUUUGGACUCAUCCUGUCUGUCUUCUCCCUCAUCUACCUCAUGGUGUGCUUCCCCGUGGGCCUGUGUUACAACGCCCUGCUGGUGGUGGUCAACCUCUCCAACAAGGUAUCCAUGACCAUGCCGGACGUCUACUUUGUCAACAUGGCCAUCGCAGGCCUGGUCCUCAACCUGGUGGCCCCCGUGGCCUUGAUGGGGCCCAGCUUCACCCGGUGGCCCGUGUGGGAGUACAACAACGAGGUGUACAUCACCCUGCUCAUCCUGUUCAACAUCUCCUCCCUGGUCAUCAUGUACUCCACCACGCUGCUCAGCCUGGACUACUACAUCGAGCGGGCGCUGCCUCGGACCUACAUGUCCAGCGUGUACAACACCAAGCACGUGUGCGGCUUCAUCUGGGGUGGGGCCGUGCUCACCAGCUUCUCCUCGCUGCUCUUCUACGUGUGCAACCAUGUCUCCACCAAGAUCAUCGAGUGCUCCAAGAUGCAGAACAAGGAGGCGGCCGACGCCAUCAUGAUGUUCAUCGGCUACGUGGUGCCGGCGGUGGCGGUGCUGUACGCCUUCGUUCUCAUCCUGCGCAUCAGGAAGGAGUCCACGCCCCUGGAUCAGGACUCGGCCCGUCUGGACCCGUCGAUACACAGGCUCCUGCUGGCCUCGGUGUGCAUGCAGUUUGUCCUGUGGACGCCGUACUACAUGACCCUGUUGGUGCACACUGUCGCCGGGGCGCCGGGGGGGCAUGGCAACAGGCAUCGCCUCACCACCUACUAUUUCCUGAGGUGUCUGUCGGAGCUGUUAGCCUUUUCCAGCAGCUUCGCCAUGCCUCUCAUGUACAGGCAGAUGAACAAGAACUUCUCCCAUAAACUCCAGCGGCUGCUAAAGAGGCUGCACUGCGGAGAGCAGGCCUGCCCUCACGAACGCUCCACAGUGCAACAGGUGGCGACAUGAAGAAGGGCGCCGCCUGUCCCUUCUACGCCCACUAGCAAGCCUGCACUUAUCCAAGACCCCCAAAGAGCCAGCACACGACCUCAGAGGUCCGCAAUGGGUCCCUCGCUACUUGAGCGAGGUCCAUCUCGUGAAGAAGCCACGGAAUCUUCAGUGACUUUCCAGAACAUUUGAGUGUAUUUGUCCGGUUGUGGAGAGGACAAACCAAGCAGAAACCACUAAGUGCUGUUUUAUUUGUGAGAGUGCAAGCAAGCUUUUACCUUGAGCUCGUGUUCCCUAGACUGAGAAAAGCCUAUGCCUUCCCUCUAAGCUUUCCAGAGAUAUCUUUACUAAUCAGAUCCGGGUGAUCCACCCACACUGUAAAGACUGGGGUUUGGAUGAGACUCUGACAUGACACCAGGUUCUAAAACAAGUUUGUAAAGAGUUACAUAGAGAGACAUUAUACAUCGAAAUAGACAUUUAUACAUCUGGAUAUUGAGUCAUGUUACCAUGAAGUCAUGUUUUUCUUUCUUUCAUGAAGCAUGUCGAAACCUUGCUAGUAAUUCAGCAUGUUGACACAUUGCUAGGAAUCGAGCGUAAUGAGAAUGGCCAUUAACGGCCAUCCGGUACUGUGGGGCUUCUGCGCCUCAUUGUAGGUCUUCUGUUUCUGUCAGUCCAGUUUCACUGUGUUUGUACAUAGAGUAAAGCUUUGCACACAUGUUCAUCUAUCGAAUUACAUACUAAAAUACAUGUCCUCAUUCUCCCAUCCCUAUGGUAUUGCAUUGGUCAUUCUAAUGGCUAACAAAGGUCUUCUAAGAGCUUAUAUUCAGGGUCCAGACAUGGUCAGUUUACCUCGUGUCCCAGGAUGAUUUCCAAUAACUACCUGAGGACAGCACUUUGCAACAGCUAAAUAUGUGUUUGUGCGUGCGUGCGUGUGUGUGUGUGUAAGGGGGGGGGGGUCCGUUGCCAUUCCUCAGUAUCCGAUCAGUGCUGCUCAGAUGCAUUUAAAGGUGAUCUCCUCAUCACCCCUUACAGCUGCUUUACCACCUAAUCCCCUUCAUGGCUAAAACAUAAAAAUGAAUCUGGUUCACAGUAAAGGAACAAACGUAUUAUUUUGUUGAUUUUAAGGACAUCGUCGCUUAAACAUAUGCUAUGAAGCCUGCAAUUAUUUUCUUUUCACGGAGAGGGUCAGUUUUGUCAUGGUUAAAAGACAAUACAAUUAUAAGCUAUAGCCGGUAUUUAAGCAUUGCUAGUUCUUGCCUGGGAAUCAGACGAGUCAGUCAGCUCAUGUUUUGUUUGCUCUGGCAGAUACAGUCUGGCCACCCUCUCAGAUAGAUAUCCACCAGGCCUGGACAGUGCCGGUUCAUCACAACCGUUUAUCUUAUUUAGGGCAGGGUUGAUACAAUGACUGUACAGAGGAGCGCCGUUGAGACAUUUUCAUAAACAACCAAGAUGAAGUUUCAUUGCGCUGAUUGGUUAUAUCUAUCCAAUUGCGUCCAGCGGCAUUUUGGUCAGCACCCGUUGAUAACGCCCCAUGGAAAUUGAAAAUGAACUUAGAGGGUCUGGCUAUUCCAGGCUUAGCUACUGCAGGUAUAAGACACAAACUCACUCAUGUUACUCAUGCACUCCAUGAGUAAUACUGUCAAUAAGAGAUAUCACCAUGAAGUUAAAGACUAAAAAUGAGUCCACACCCAGUUAAUGAUUGUUGAAACUUAGAUCAAAGUCCUGUUGAUUCACAUUAGAUCUAUGGCAGGGCCAGUCAUUUCCUAUUGUAUACACUGCUUUUGGUAGACAUAGCUAACUUAAAUGGUGUGAAUCUAAGGGUUAUUGAAUCAUGGGUCCAAACAUUUCCAGUGAAAUGAAAGUGGAAUCAAAAAUGUACAUCAUUCUAAGAACUGAAAUUACAGUGAAAACUGAUUGUGAAACUAUGGAAUUGAAAUGUAUUCUACAUCUUAAUGAAUAAGUGAAACCAUUAUUAUAGACACUCUGAUAGUGAAAUUAAUGACAGGAAGUGAUCAUUUGGAAGUGAAAAGAGGAACAAUAUCAUGUCUUAGAAUGUCUGGCACCUUCACCUCUCUCUCUCUUUUUAUGUUGAGCCAUUGUAAUCUACCAAAUUGAGAAUAUUAAAAAAAUAUGAGUACUGUAUGUGGGAAUAGUAGAGCUUGAUAUUCUUAUAAAUCCACCUAUAUAAACAAAGUCAAGAAUGUAUUUAAUGUCAUGAGGUCUAGCUACAAAACCAUGAAACCUCAUAGGUCAAGAUAAAUCCAGUUUCAGAUGUGAUGCUUUUGUAACUGUGUAUAUACUCGUAUAUAAGUAUAAAAGAAAUACAGUAUCUGUAUAUAUUGUAAGCUAAAGAUUUAGUAGAUGAACACCAUGCCCUUCCACAAAUACAGUGUUAUUUUCUGAGAUAUAUAUUUAGAUACUGUAGCAUCAGUAAUCUUCACUAUUAUCUAUUGAGUCUAAGACUGUUGAAACAAUAAACUAACAUAAACAAUAACGGUCA